UGCUAGUUUAAAGAGAAACCCAAGAAACUUGAGAUUUGUAGAACCAGUAACAGUUCUACUUGUACUAACGGACGUAACAGCAACAGUGGUGCACGAUUUGUUAACCGGGCCUAAAUAAUACAAAUUACUUACAAAUAAUCGAAAGAAGCUUGAAAGUGCAGUUCUGUGCGUUCCCCUCCGACCUUGUGAGUGUGUUUCGCGCUUAGCUUCUGCCCAUGUCGCCCAACUCAGAACGAUCGUACAAAAUGAAGCUGCGCGAUAUGGAGAAUGCCUUUAAGUACCGCCGCAUACCAUAUCCCAAGCGAUCGGUGGAGCUCAUUGCUUUGUUGGCCAUAUCGUGCACCUUCUUUCUGUUCAUGCACACAAACAAACUGAACAGCCGCCUCAAGGAAAUGGAGGUGAAACUACAGCCCUCCGAGUUUUCCGCUCUGGGCUUGACGGGCAAUCACAUCAGUGGACAUGACACGGGCAAACCCGAAGACAUCAAUACGCUGCAUGGUACCUAUCAAUAUUUAAAAAGCACCGGACAGGUAAGUCGACAUGUGCGCAACGUACACGCGCGGACGCAACUCCUAAACGGAGAGGAAAAAGAGCCGGAUUCCGAAGGUAACAACUUUAUUCACGAUCUCAAGAAUGGGCACAAUGCUCAGCACCACCUGCACAAGGCCGAAACCGAUAAGCAGCUGGUGCGAGGAGAUAUAGUGAACGAGAGCCAGAGAAGGAAGUCACACAAGCUCAGGGAAGCCUUUGAUGAUGAAGACGAAGAUGAGGAUGACGAUGUGGAUGAGGAUGAAGGUUUCAACUUAGACGCAGAUCUACUCAACAAUACCAAGCUCGCUGAGGUUGACUUUGUCUUUUUCAAUCGCGUUCCCAAGGUGGGAAGCCAAUCGCUUAUGGAGCUAAUGCAGCGCCUUGGAAAAGUUAAUGGAUUCCAGCACGGGCGCAAUAAAGGCAGAGCACACGAGACCGUGCUAAUGGGCAAAGACCGGCAGAAGGAGCUAAUUGCAGAUUUGCUAAUCCGUCAAAAACCUCAUAUAUACAGUCAGCAUAUUGCUUAUAUAAACUUUACGCGCUUUCAUCUGCCACGGCCUAUAUACAUAAAUCUUGUCAGACAUCCUGUGGAGCGAAUUAUCAGCUGGCACUAUUAUAUUCGAGCACGUUGGUACUAUCGUGAUAUGAAGGACAAAUUGGGUGACGAGGCGCCUCCUAUGCCAUCGGAUGAGUUUCUGGAUAUGGACUUGGACACAUGUGUUCGAACGAAGAAUGAACACUGCACCUUUGAACAAAUGCAAAUGAAAAAUCCCGUGGGCGAUCAUCGCAGACAGGUUCUGUUUUUUUGUGGCAUGAAUCAGAAAGUGUGCAUGCCCUUUAAUUCUCCGGUUGCUAUGCAAAGGGCGAAGCGCACUGUGGAGGCCGAAUAUGCCGUCGUAGGCACUUGGGAAGACACAAAUAUUACGCUGUCAGUGCUCGAGCACUACAUACCGCGCUAUUUUCGCAAUGCAAAGGUGGCCUACUACCUGGGACUGGAAAGACUCUCUAACGUCAACAGGAAUAAUGUAACACGCAUUGUUAGUGAGGAGACACGUCAAAUACUAAGCAAGAAUCUGACAAAUGAGAUUGAAUUCUAUGAAUUCUGCAAACAGCGGUUAUACCUGCAGUACGCCGCCCUCACUCAAGGGAAGAGACUCGGAGAUGAUGACUAUCUACUGGUGCCGGACCAGCGCAACGAGUAUAAUGAGGACUAUUAA